GAAGAAGAAAAACAAAACAAACCCGAGAGAGCGUUAACAGCGUGUGGACUCCAUUGAAAAGGGAACCUUAUUAUCUCCAACACGAGAAUGUACACGAGGUCCAACACCAAGCCAGACUUAUGCGUGGGCGUCCUAAAAACCUGAAGCAUACAGAGAAGCGCACCAGACCACAACAGACCAGACCAGACCAGGUUGAGCCCAGUUACUCACCCGGUCCCUCUCCCCCCUCCCCCCAGCCUCGCAGGCUGCAUCCACCAGCGCUUGUGAUCGUCUCCCUCAGCAGAAAUUUAUUGUGCUGACCACACAGCCUCACACCACUGGGACUGGACAGGAGACCCAGAAGUUCCCGCUGCUGGAGCUCUAAGCCGUGCCUGGCAAUGCCUCAGAUGGCUGCAAAGAAAGUUGCACUGGCAACAACAGACUGGUAGAAGAGAUGCAACGUUCUGCUGCACAGACUGAAGGAUCCAGGCUUCCUGAAGAAGUACAGUCUGCUCUGUCUCUUCCUGUAGUGAGCCUCAGUGUCACAUCUCCUGCCCAGUCUGUUGUCCAGCCCAGCGUCAGUGGGAUGGAGCCUCCCUUUGGGGACGCCUUUCAGAACUACUCGUUUGCUGACCAGGCCCUGACCAGUACCGAGCUGCUCGCUACCAGCUCUGAUCCAGAUUUCAUGUACGAGCUGGACAGAGACAUGACCCACCGGCAGAGCCCCUGCGGUGACAGCAUCGUGGGGGUCGGGGACGGAGGCAAGGAGGUGGAGGGUUGCGUGGAUCAGCUCAUGGGUCUGGGCGAGUGCGAGACGGUCUGCAGCAGCUCAGCGUUCGAACAGUGGGACUCCUACUGGGAAGACCUCACCAGAUAUACACGACUGGCCAGCUGUGACAUCUGGGGCACCAAAGAGGUGGACUUCCUCGGUUUGGAUGACUUCUCCAGCCCCUACCAGGAUGAAGAAGUGAUCGGUCGAACCCCGACGCUGGCUCAGCUCAACAGCGAGGAUUCGCAGCCUGUGUGUGAGACCCUCUACCCCCCCGCUGACCUGAGCCUGCCUGCCGCCCAGCCUCAGCCUCAGCCGCCCCAGCUGCCCUGUCACAGUAAGAGACUCCUUGUCCCCGGCCAAGGAUCGGGACCCGGCUCUGUACGGCCUUCACCAAGUUCCACAUCUUCUUCCCGUCCUUCACGCAGCCUUCUCCCGGACUUUCCUGAAGGCUCCCAAAAAGCAACCAGGCCCGUCCCUUCCAGCACUGAGACUAUGGCCAAGACCCAGAACCACCUCAGUCUCACGCAGGACCACGGCCCAGGUCAGAUGAAGCCCCCGGGCCGAGGAACCAAAAUGGCGGCCCCGACUUCACACAACUCUGACUUUGUACGGAAAGCUAAAGUCCGUGUGAGCACUGUACAUAAAGCUCAAGCUGACAUGCCUCCCCAGACAGAUUUGGAGAGGUCAGAUCCCCCUUUACCUCUUUCCCAGCCUCAAGAUGAAAAGGCCUCCACUUCAGCAAGUGCCGCCCUGCUGGGACUUACCGGAGCUGCAGCCGGCGGCUCCGGCAGCCCGUCGGGCUUUGAAAGGAGGCCGGAGGUGACGGGCCGGAGAGAGAUGCUUGUUGGCUGGUCUGCCACUGUGCCUCAGCUGGUUGAGGCGAGUCAGGUUCUGGAGGGCAGCACCUCUGGGCUGGUGAGCAGCGACAGCGUGGCAGGGGCCAGCGGCGGCGGUGGUGGCGGCGGUGGCAGUUGUGGCGUUCUGGUUGUCGAGGGAACAGAGAAGAGCGAGGAGGAACACAACUACUCUCUGUUCCUGACCUGCAGCAGACUGGCCAGCAGAGCUCACUCCCAGCUAGAGGAGGAUGAGGAGGAGGAGGAUGAGGAGGAGGCAGAGGAGGAGGAAGGCGACGGGCUGGAGCUAGACGACGAAGACCACGAUGAGGGUUUCGGCAGCGAGCACGAGCUGUCUGAGAAUGAGGAGGAGGAAGAGGAAGAGGAGGAGGAGGAUGAAGACUAUGAAGCAGACAAGGACGAUGACAUGAGUGACGCUUUCUCUGAGCCUGGCUGUGACGUGGAGCUGAUGGAGGACAUUAAAGGCCUGACAGCGGGAGUCUCCAGCCGGAAGAGAGGAAAGCGCCGCUACUUCUGGGAGUACAGCGAGCAGCUCACCCCCUCCAAACAGGAACGUAUGCUGAAGCCGUCUGAGUGGGACCGACACACGCUGCCUAGCAACCUGUACCAGAAGAACGGGCCUCUCCAUGGAAAAUACAUGCUGAAGAAGUCUCGCCGCACAGACGUGGAAGACCUGACUCCAAAUCCACGCAAGCUGCUGCAGAUCGGCACAGAACUUCGCAAGCUAAACAAGGUGAUCAGCGACUUGACCCCCGUGAGCGAGCUCCCACUGACUGCAAGACCCCGAUCCCGCAAGGAGAAGAACAAGCUGGCAUCCAGAGCUUGUCGUUUAAAAAAGAAGGCUCAGUAUGAAGCAAACAAGGUGAAGCUUUGGGGACUCAGCACAGAGUACGACCGACUGCUGUUUGUGAUCAAUGCCAUCAAGGAGGAGAUAGUGGUGCGAGUGGAGGACUCUUCUCCUCGUUCAACCAACAUGACUGACACUCUGGAGAGGCUCAUCCAGGAGACACUCGUGCCAUCACCUGUUGCUGGGCAGACUUCCGACUUCGUCAACAAGAUCUUGGAGAACACAGGACGCGGCGAUCCCACCGGCGGACUGGUCGGCCUGCGAGUCCCCACCUCCAAAAUCUAGACAAACCUCGGUCCACUGAGAGGAGUGGACAAAAUAUUACCACCGUGCUGUCCCAUUGUAACUAUGCUCCCCUCUGCAUGCCCCUCCAACCCAGAGUACAUACACAUUGUUAGUCACACAAACACACAUACCACUCCCUGUGUGUAUGUAUGUGUGCUUGUUUUUGCCAUGCACCUGCAUGGCGUACACCCUAGCUUCCUGUCUUUGCACGCAGCGUGCAGAGACAGCGCGUCACUGUCUCCCAACUCAUCAUGAACGUCUGUUGGGAAAAGCACCUCUUAAAGGAAGUGAUGGUUAGGUGUAUAGCUAAUAGCACGUCCUAAAUCCACCGGUGAUUAUUAGAUGUGUUUGACAAGAGCAUUGUUUAGGGUUGGUUCUGUCGAGGUCUGCUUCCAGGGCCGAGACAGUCACAUAAGCGUAACCACUGGAAUACUUUGACACAGUGAUGGAUUGUUACACGUCAGACACAUCAAAGGUUGAAAAGUUCCAGUUAUCAUUUUCUAGAAGAGGGUCACCUCAAAUGGCAACACAAAGCGAACUCCAAGUUGUUAAAUUGACCCAUUCAGUAAAGCACUUGGCUUUGGUAGCCAAGAAAUCUGCAGGAAAAAAAAUAAGCCAGCGUGCUCCGAGGUGUUAAGGGGUGGCAGGAAAUAUUUUGAACUGAAGGCCUAAAUAUGUUCACGCCAUCCCGUUUGCCAAUCAGCUCCGCUACUGCGAUGAGGGAGGAGUUAACAUUUAGCACAUUAAUGCUCGAAACAAAAACGCAGUAGUAGGUGAGAUUUCAGAUUAGAAUUUAACAGUUAAGCAACAGACUCCCAGCUGCUUUGAAGUUUGUGGUAGGCAGGAGAAGGCUAAUCUUGACGAUGUUACCUUAAACAGCAGGAGGUAGUUGACCACGUGGAGACGGAGCGCAUGUAGCAUGGUGCUUUUUUGCCUUGUGCUGGUUAUAACUGGACUGGGUGAAACGGGCAUUUUGCCAGUAUGGGAACAGGCAGACCACGAGGAAGAUGACGAUUGUGAUUGAGACGACAUGAACAGUGAUCCAUCUCCUCUAGGAAACUGUAUAUAAACGUGUAUCCCAGCGAACGGCACCGGCUUCCCUUUUUGUACAGUAGCGAUGACCAGGCAGUUUGGUAUUGACAGUUUGGUGUGUUCAUACUAGUGUUUGAUCAGAGUUCUAUUCAUUGUGCCUUGUGUAUGUAUGUGUGUGUUUCUCUAGGUCUGAGUGAGUGUGUGAGAGAGACUGAACGAGAAGCAGUGAUUGGUCAGAACUCCCAGAGGUCCAGGCUAGGAGAGGACUGCUUUACACUGAGGGAGGUUGUUAGCGAGUGCGAGGAGGGACACACUUGUGUUGUGUAUUUCAGUCGUUUAAAGAUAUUCUGAAUGUACAUAAACAAAUGGAAGCUCUUGUUGCGUGAUGCCACAGAGUCUGUGUAUAUAGGAGGGCUCUGCAAUAGAUUACUUUUGGUUUUUGGUACUCUGUCUUUGGGGAUCGGGGGAGGGUUAAGAGAUAUUUUUCAUUUAGAGUUACAAAAAAAUAUUUGCACACUAUAUUUUGAUUGUUUUUUGUACCAAAGACACAUGCAACGAAAUGGCGACCAGCCAGUUAAAGUAAGGUUUUGCACAGCUUACCUGACGCCGUAUUGAAUGUAAGAAAUGUGGGAGGGUCAGGGAACUUCAUAGAACUGUGAAAUUAGCUUGGGUCCAAUUCUGUACAGAAAAGGAACAUUCAUUUUUUUGUUUGUUUUUUUUUUUUUCUAAAAAUUAACCCCAUAUGUGGGCUUCUCCAGUAGAUUUGUUGCUUAGGAAGCACUUCAUUCCUGAACUGACUCCUCCCUCCACAUGCUAAACGUGUUAAUGGCGCUAGCUAGGACAAAAACCAAGAGCGCUAGUAGAUAAGCUAUGUUACAUUUUUGCUUGUUUGUCAAAAUGUCACCAACAGUAACCAAAAUAUUAUGUUCCUGUGUCACUUGUUUGAUUUCUGUAUGUAGAUGAGGUCUAGUUCAUCAACAGAAUAUUAACUGAAUUGUGUUUUCAAGUACUGUAUAUAGAAGCAUUAAUGAUAUAUCUAUCGAUGAUGAAAUGCCACUUUUCAUGACAAUUGAUUCAUUUUUAAGCAUGACACAUUUCUAAAGCCUAUCCUUGCAUCAAGAAAGUUAGAGGAAAAAAAACACAAAAACCAAAAAAAGUUCUUGAUAUAUUUUUGUGUUUUAGCUGCCUGCUAGUUUUCCUGUUGGUUUGGAGGUGUUCUUUGGUCAGAGAAGGAGAUGUGGAGGAAAAGAUGAGAAAGGUCUUAAAAUGCAACUCUGAUAGUUUGAUCUGUGAACUGAUGCCUUUGUGCUCCUUUACUGGCUGAGUGAAGUACAGAGAAUCAGGACUGGAUUUUACUGAAACACAAUGCAGGGAAGCCUCGGUCUAGUUUGGAUGGUCUAUAAGGAGAAUGAGGACAUGCUGUCUUUAGCGAGGACAGGGACAGGUCCAGGAAAGCAAGAAGACAACAGUGUGAAAGUGUGAGGACAGAUGAGAAACCAGCCGCAGUUUUGUCUUGGAUGCUGUUGUGAGUCUGUCCCGGACUGAUCUGGAUUCAGCACUGUGCUCUGUCAUUUCGAUUUUCACAUGUAUUCUCACUUUCAUCAUGAAGCCGGUUGAAUUUUGCAUUUCCUGGGAUUGCUGCCUUUGGGGCUCUAUUGCUGAUUUGAAUCUGCCAGGCCUCACCAUGCCUUUAGACAUCCUUCCUGACUGGUCACAGCAUCAAACUUUGUUCACCAAAAUGCACAUUUGUGGCGUUCAGCCGUUAAAGUAGCAGUGUGUGCAACUUUUAAAAAUGCCCGCUGCGUUGUCUCCCUCUUGCCUCCUCAGAGGAGAUGCUACCAUUCUCAGGAAUUUUCAGAAUUCAACCAGAAUUCAUUCUAUUAGCAGGCAAAUACGAUGAAAAAUAGGAGUUUAAUGAGGCUGAAUUCAGGUUAGUUUGAAGUGAAGAAAGUCCUCCUUCACAGAAUGAUGUCUGAUGAUGGUAAAAUCUUUCUGUACUGUGUGAUUGAAUAACAGCUAGUGCUACAUAUAUAUAUUUUUACUGUUUUCCGUUCCGUCUAAAAAGGGAGAAAUGGUGCUUUUUCUGAAUCUAGAAUGAUGAGUAUCCUUAUUUGACUUCUUAGACUAGUUGUAGCCUAAUGACUUGCUCUCCCCUACCGUCCAUAGCUAUUUUCUUAGUAGUGAUUCAUUUUUGUAAAUAAAGUAUAAGUUAAUAUGUAUCUUCUAAAUGUUAGAUAUAUGUAUAGAGUACUCUAUCUUAUAUGUUUAAAAAACAAAAGCACUUUGUCCAAAAAAGAAAAAACAAAACAAAAAGAAAAGCAUUUUUUUCUUCCAUUUGCUGCUAAACGGCCUGGUGUGAAUGCUGCAAGUGUACUUGACGACUACUUGCUAGGAUAGGUCUAUUACCUGACUUGGCUAGGUCUAUGAACUAGCAAGUAAUAGGUGUCUGGCCUGACGAGGGUUAGAUCUACACGUUUCUGGAGCCAUGAAAUGAUAUGAGGUGUUGUGUGUGAGAGCGUAUCAUUGCCUGGCUUUGGCGAGGCCCAGUGUCUUGACAGGAUAGGUCUACAUCCUGGUCAGGGACCGUGUGAUGGUGUGUUUGUGGUCCUAUAAAACAAAAGAAAAAAAAAAGAGGGUUUUGAUUCCAGGGCCCCUACGUUGAUCCUGAUGCUGACCCCCUUGGCGUCAUGAUUCAUUUGCCUUCAGUAGAGGUUUCCUAUGGAAAAACUGAUUCUGCUUUGGCUUCCUCUUCAGGGUGAUGUACAGUGUAGACACAUUUCUUCAGAGAGCUAUAUUGUUAUCAUUUGUAAACUGAUUUCUACUUGUGACUUAAUGAGGAGGGGUUUAGCCUGGGGCGGCCAGGAAGAGCUCGCUUGAAAGAUGUUCCUGGCCGCCUUGGGGGAAGUUACUAUAUCACUGUACUGUAUGGCAAGCCAAUUACAAAUGGAGACUCAAUCCGGACACUUAUUGCCUUCUUAAAUAACUUCACAUACACACAAACGAAAAUAACAACAAGGCAGACGUGUCAACUGCUGAGGGGCACAACCGAGGUUUGUGACAUCGCUCUGCCGAUCCGGUAAACAACAACAACAACAACAAAACCAUUCAGCCUGAUUGGCUCAAAACAACCUUGACUGAAGUAGCGGACGUGGUGAAAUAUGUCUGAAAAAGUGCUCAUUGUGUCUUUUGCGACAACAUUUGAAGCGUUUGUUUUUCAGCUAUGAUUUCAUUCCCAGGUCUGGUAGGGGGUCAACAGUGGUUGAAGGGCCGCUGGUUGACGGCCAGCUGACGAACAGAAGCUUGCGUGUGUUUUGCUGUCGAUCAUGAGGCUGGUUCAAGAUAGAGUCCUUGCAGGUUUUUACAUUUAACAUGAUAGGCGCAAGCUGUGCAACUUUACAUUCAAACCAGGAGACUCUGUGGCAUUUUAACAGUCAAGGAAAUGAGUGAAAAAAUCCACGCCAGUAAAACUAUUCCUUUUCCUUUUUAUUUCUGAUGACAUAAAUCCUAUACAGUCAACUAUUAAGCUAAUAGAGUGUGUAACUUUGUGCUACUCUUGUCCAAUAAAAAGCUACGUGGAUCCAUAAAGCUCUUCUUCAGCAAAUCAGGGUAAUAUCGUUCUUCUAUCUGACAUAUGUGAUGACAUAUAAAAUCAAAGGAAAAUAUAUUUAUGUAUUCCAAUUAUUGUCGCCAUUCUUUACUCUGUAAAAAAAAAAAAAAACAAUAUUGUGUGUGUGCGUGCGUGUGUGUGUUAUGGAUUAUCAAUGUCAAUCACUAUGGUGCAAUGCUCUAUACACAAAGUUUUAAAAAAAAAAAGGCCAACAGACUUGUCACAAGAAUUCACAAAAUUUCUCCACUUUCUCCCAAUUGGUCUUCGAACUCACACAAUCUGCAACAUCUUCCUCUCACCAAGGAUUGGACUCAUGAUUUCCAGCCGUGAUCCAACUGGGGUUUGUCACAUGGUGCUGAUUACUUUUCAUUAACGAUGCGAGAUAUUUAAAAAAAAGGCAUCCAUAUUCAGAUCCGCUCACCAGUAACACUGUCCAUCAGACCAGACUCCCCACCCGCCCCUCUUUCUCCCCGGAUCACUCUCAUUGACUUUCUAAUAAUGACGUGAUUUCACUGUUGGACCAAUCAGAGGAAGAUUCGCAGCGACUCUUGCUCUAAACGACAACCGAAUGGUGAUUUCUGUAUUGUUGAUCAUUAUUGUUGAAGCGUACCAUUAUUACUUUUGUAAAAGCCAGUCUCUUGGAUUUGACAGCGUCGUGCCGAGUUGGAGAAGGUGCAGAAUGUGCACCGUAACACAAAAUCGAUUUUUGGUUUUGACGUGGGCGGGGUUUAAUGGAACUGAACGAACUUUAUUAGAAUUGGUUGGGUUAUAUUUAAUUUCUAUCUCCAGAGGGAAUAUAUAUAGCAAUGUUUUGUUUUACAGUUUGUAAAUUUACACUAAUUUCCAAGAAGUUUCCUUGUUCAUUACUGUAUGUAAUUUGCUACUAAUUUGAGAGACAGUGUUUAAUUGACACAUUUCUAAUUAAGCAGGUCGGCUCAACAUUUGAUUACAGGCAGAAAUAAUAACUAGAUAAUUAAUGAUCAUUUACUUGCCUGUAAAAUAAUGACGUAAAAGAUUUAUCACGUGACUCUGCAUUGUUGAGCUCAUCGUUUUGAUCCUACAGAAACUGUUUUGGUUUUCUCUCACUGCUCUCGUAGCAUCGUUUUAGCUUUUUAGCACAUAGCUCAGUAAACCUGCUGUAUGAUUCCUGCUCAGACAAGCUAGUGAACAUAGUGGAGCAUUUAGCUGCUAAGAAACGUCCACCAGGAGUCGAUCAGACCAUAAACAGAGCUAACAGGAGAGCGAACGCUUAUAGGUUUAUGAGUCAAAAGAAACACAAAUGAAUGUUUGCUAAAGAUGUUUACCACUUUGCAAGUUUAUAAUAUGUUGAUAUUGUGUUUACACUGGAGCAGCUUUUUAUUUUUUAAAGAUAUUCCUGUUUUCAAAAUACCAAAAUACUUGCAGUAGCUGUUUCAAGGAAGCUUCUAAGAAAUCUGUAAAACGAACAUUACCAAAUAUCCUCAAGUAAAUGGGUUUGUAUGACUAAAAACUUCCCUCUCCUCCUGCGGGCUGCGAUGUCAUGUCUGAGUCUGGCUUCCUUCUGUUUGUUUUGUGACAUCUGAAAUGUAUCCUGUCUUGUUUGAACCCUCGUUGCUUGUGAAAACGCCUCGUCACCGGAGGCUGAACGCUUACUACCCUCCACGUUUUUCCCCCGAGGCGAGAAUGCAGCAGGAGUUAUGUCUGUGCAUGCCGAUUCCCCGCAUAGCGCUGAGAGAAUCAAGUGGAGCUCCUCACAGAUUGGGAAACAAUUCGGCCCAUCACCAGAGAGGGUCCUCAUCGUCACAGAGUUGCUGCAUGGCUUCUUGGGCUCUCUGUACUCUCUGUCAAUUGAUUUCAUACUUGCUGCUAUCGAAUGAGCACAAAGAGACUUUAGAUUUUGGUUUAGGGUGUCCAUGACACAGUUACAGUAUAUUAUUUCCACACAGCCCCGUUUUUUUUCACACCUUUUUUCCUAUGACAGUCAAAAGACCAACAGCAUUACUCACCUUGCACUUGGUUUUUACACACACAAGGAGAAAAACCAAUAUUUUGAAUAUGAUGCCUGCUGAACCAGGUGCCUUAAUCAAAUAUACGAGAACACAAAUUUGCACCUUCCGUCAGUCUGGAGGGGAUUUCCCGACAGAAACAAGGGGCUGGGUUUCCCAGAACCUAAACUUGAAGUGCAGUAAUGAAAAGAAAACCUCAGUUGAACCCUAAAUCAGUGCAUUUUGUAUAAUGAUCAACCUUUAACGGCAGAUAAAAGCUGUUUGUCAUGUCUGAAAAUAACUUUCCUGUGGGAUUUCCCUCUUAAAGUAUUACUCCAAGAAGAGCAGAAAUGACAGCUUGUGAACUAAAUUGAUGCUGUUUUGGGAAACCUGGUUCUGUUUUUAACUUUUUCUCUGCCCACUACGCCACGUUAUUGUGUUUUCUGUAUUGGCUGCUGCUGCUAUCACCGCUGGUGUGUCCGUUUCAGAGAUGAGCAAACUUCCACUGUGUCUGAGACAGAGGGAGACCUGGGCCUGCUUUUUACCUAUACUCGAUUACAAUGCAUUCUUCUUCUUCUGUGGUUUCGACAUGGAGCACUGUGUUGCUGCCUCUUGAGACCUUUUCAAGACAGAAAAAUACACAGAAAACAGAACUUUCCAUUUCUUAACUUUGCUAUUAUGAAGUGCCAGACCCUCCUUGAAGCCAGUGUUGGCACUGAGUCGCAGGUUGCGAAUGAAGCGACAAACUGAGCAUGGAGGUAAACUGUGGUGCUAAUCUGUCAGUGGCUGGGUGCUAACAUGGCUGUGUUUAAUAGCUGUAUUAGCCAUUUUAUUCCUUCUGUUGACGACUCCGGUCAGUCUUGUGUUUCUGACUGCUGCACUGCUGUAUGCUGACAUAGCGAGGUAUAACUCUGCUGCUGCUGCUUUGCUGUUGAAUGUAGACUAGUCUUCCUCAGCAGGAUCAUACAGACAGACGAGAGCGUCUGGCCGAGCUUUUUCCUGUUGUUUCGGCUUUGCUUGGAAGCUCACAGAGGGAGACUUUUGUCGUCAGGAUCUAGAGCGAUCUUGAAUGUUGUAUCUUUUACGUGGCCGCUGUCCUGCUUGUAUGUUUAAACCUUUUUUUUAAAAUGAGUAUUAUGGUUUGAUAUUUAUGCUUUGACUCUGUCAAAAUGUUGCACGUUUGAUUUUUUUUUUGCCCUAAAUUAUAUUUUAUUGCCAUUGUUUCUGAUCCCAAUGGUCAUACUAUUUCUUUGAUAUUUAUUUGUUUAGUCCUGUAAUGUAACUUGCAAGGAGACAAUUUGUUGAAACUAGACUUUAUAGCUUUUCCGCUGAAGCAGUCAGACACUUCUCAUGAGAUUCACAGAUAGGAAUCAAACUCUCAAUGAAACCAGGAUGACUUUAUCUAACAGAAUUCCCCUUUGGCACAAUAUACAUCAAUGUGACAAAAUCUCAUUGAAAUAAUAAAACUUAUUUUGUCGUAUUUUUGCAUAGAAUGUUACCUAUAUCUGUAAUAUCUCAUCAUGUAACAAAGUUAGGAUUUUUGUCACCACAUUCUGCUAGUGCAGAUGGUUCUAAAAGUGUUAAAAUUAGUGUUAGUGAAUGAUCCAUCUACAGGUUAAACAUCCACUAAAAGACCUUUGGAAUAAAAUAAAGAAAAAGUUGCAAUAAAUCUAUUUAAAACUGAUUCACAAAUAAGCAAAUAGAUGACAAUUAAAAUGGAUUAAUAUCUAAACAGGCAAAACGUAAAAACUGAUGGCAGAAAUCCUACUAAAGCAAAAAUAUUUUCAUGUGAUCAAAGCAGUUAAAAAAAAAAGACUUUCUGUUUUGUUUUGUCAGUUUAAUCUUUUUUGUAAAAGAGCCUUAAAUCACUUCUUAUGGUAAUGAGAUUCAUCAAGACAAAAGCCACAACAAUGAGUUAAUUAGUGUCGUCAUUCUCAACUGCAGCCGGUUAGCUUAGCUUAGCAUAAAGACUGGAAACAGUGUAAAACAGCUAGCCUGUCCUAAAGUAAAAACUUUGCCAGUGCUUUUAAAAUCGCUGAUCAACUAGUGAUAUCUUGCGUGUUUAAUCUGUCCAAAAAAAAUAAAAAAAUUAGACAGGAAUAAUGUUGCAGACUACUUCUUGGCACGGCUUGUUGACUUCCUGGAAUUCUGCAAGUUUACUGGUGAUUUUCUUUAGCAUUGAAGAAGAUAUUUACAGCCUGAAAAUGCUUGAUUGCACAGAACUGAUACGGAAAUUUUCUCUCGAUUUGUCCACAAACAAAACUUAGAGUUGUCAUCAGAAAAGUGGAAAUACGUAUGAUACUAAUCGAGACAGGAUGCUGUCAGACAGAACUGGUUUCACUGUGAGUUUGAGUUCUUUCUGUCUGCCAUUGGAGGUUUUGACGGUCAGAAGGGGCUCGUUGAGUAAUCUAACCUCACUCGGACUCUUUAGUUCUGGACUCUGGACUUGAGGUUCAGCUGAUCCUCAGAGCUCAGGUCGGGAGUCGACUCGCCCGUCGUCUCUUGACUUUGGUGGGGAAAUUUAGUUGGUUUUCUGAGAAAACUUCACCGCUGCGCCAGAGAUGUUUGGCCCCUUCUGGGUGCUUUUUGUUUUAGUGUUUUUUUGUUUGUUUUGUUCAGAAGGGCUUUGGUUUGCAGUUGUCUCGUCAGGGAGCUCCUGAGAUUAGCCAGGGGUCACUAAAGGCUGGUGGGCAGAGACCCCUCACCCUCCCCUGCGAUGAGCGAGAGGGGAGAGGUUUGUUUCCUCUUCUGCAGACUGAUCUUAUCAAAGUAAACAACAACAACAACAACCCACUCUCGAUAAUAAACAAAACCCCUCUUUCUCUUUCGACACAUGUCCAACUCAUCAUCCAACACUGCAGUGAUCUACAUCUCCUUCCAGACUUGCCAAAAUGCAUGGAGACAUUUAAUGAGAAAAGUUUUAUCUUACGGCAUCUGUUCUGUUUCUUUACUCUCGUUUUUUAUUAUUAUUAAUAAUAACAACAGACAGUAAGAUGAUUUUAUAGGAGAUCCAUACAAGUCCAAACAUGUAGAGGAUGUGGGAGGUAUCGGUCAUCCUGAGCUCCACAGCUACAUGCCAUUGUUAUGAUGCUUCUGGUCUUGUAUGGUAACUUAUUUGACUAGAUCAACAGCAUGGGAUCUUUCUGUAGUUAGUCCUGUGUGUGUUCCUCUCCCCAGUCUCAGUAGGAAGGCUGUACUUCAUUGCUAAGUGCUCUACAAUAGAUCUCUUGGUGAUUAUAAUUUCAUAAAGAAGCAAAACCUGCAGAAAGUGUAUCCUGCUGAAACUAACUUGAUCCUCUCUUUAGCAAUGACGUCUAUAUUUGUAGUUCACAUAUAUGCCUGUUCAAAUACAAUAUCUUGACAGUUGUUAUAUUUAUGUUGUGUAAUAAAUGUCGUGCUGGGUUUCUACUUUUGUUUCGACUAACUUUUUUUUUUGUUUUACAUUGUAUUUUUUUUCUUUCUCGUGGAGGCACAGUGGGUGGCUUUAUGCACAGGCAUAGAAAUGUAAAAGACUUUUUUUUGUUUGUUUGUUUUCAAUUUGUACUGUAAUAGCCCUUAAUGUUUCAGAGCUUCUGACAGCUUUUGUCUCUGGCUGCUCGACAUCCUGCGGACACCUGCCCUGAAUCUCUGUCGUGUUAUUGUGCCUCUUUCUCUUUAUUAUUUCUUUCUUCUUCUUUUUUUUCAAAAAACAAAUCAUUCUUUCUCUGUUGUAUCAGCCAGGAGUUGGUACCACAGCUCUGCUUGUAACCACAUUAGUCUGAUUAUGUUUAUUGAUUUUAAUAUCAAAAUAAUAAAACCAUUAGCACCCCA